AUAGAAGGGAAGAACAAAAACCGAGAAAAAUAAAAGGGCUCACUCUCAAUCCAUUUAUUACCAUCUUUCGCUCUUUCAUUGGGCUAGGGUUUUAGCAGUUUCAGACAAAAUUGAAAAGGGAAAAAGGUUAGGGUUUCAAUUUGAAGCGGAGCCAAACCCUUGAAAGAUUCUCGCCAGACUGCUCGUUUUCUAUUAGGCUGAAGGGGUAAAGAGAAAAAGAGAAUCAUCACCUAGAUUUUUUUACGGUAAUCUGCCAUGGGUGACACAGAAAGCAACUGUCAACCUUCGAAAAAGAGAGCCGCCGGAGUACAACUAUCCCGUGAAAACCCUGGUCUCGAUGACAGUGAAGAAACAUCCGAAAACGAGACGGGCACCUUUAAAAAAGCACCCGAAGAGGUUCUUGCCACUAGAAGAAUCGUCAAAGUACGCCGCCAGCAAACAUCAACCGCCGCUGCAUCUGCAUCAGACCCACCUUCUGCCCCGAAUCCAUUCGCUUCUAUCCAAUUGGUUACUCCUGCUUCAUCUGCUCCGAAUCCGUUUGCUGCUAUCACCUUCUCUCGUCCUGCUCCUCUGGUAGAGGUAGAGGCACCUAAGAGUGACGAAACCGAGAAACAAGUCGAUGAAAUCAAAUCCGAGAACAAGGUUGAUGAUGAGUCCAAGGGCGAAGAAUCUACUGCAGGGGAGGAGAAAACCGACCAAUCAAUUGCUGACAAGGACGGAACUGAUGAUGUCAGCAAGGUAUCCGAUGAGGUUGCAGAAGAUGGGGCUUCUUCGGAUGCGGCGAAAAAAGCUACAGAAGAAACCGAAGAUAAGGAGGAGAAAGAAUCUUCUGAAAAGAAUGCAGAAGCUGCACCUUUAAACUCGUUCCAGCAGCUAUCAAGUGGCCUUAACGCUUUCUCUGGAGUCGCAGGAACGGGGUUUUCUAGCGGCUCUUUCUCAUUUGGAUCGAUCACUAAAGACAAGUCUCCUGUGGGGUCCACUACCGGUUCCCUUUUCGGUUUCGGUGCUUCUAAUAACGGGAGCUCUUCUUUCUUCGGUGGCGCCUCGGGUGGAGCGAGUAUUGUCGGCAAGAGUGAGGGCAGCAAGAUUCCGGCCAUGCAGGAGGUUACCGUGGAGACAGGGGAAGAGGAUGAGGUGGCAGUUUUCACCGCGGACUCUGUGCUGUUCGAGUUUAUCGAUGGUGGAUGGAAGGAGAGAGGGAAAGGCGAGCUGAAAGUCAAUGUUUCGAGUGUUGGGACUGGAAAAGCGAGGCUUGUUAUGAGGGCAAGAGGGAAUUUUCGGUUAAUUCUGAAUGCGAGUAUUUUUCCAGACAUGAAGCUGACGAAUAUGGACAAGAAGGGCGUGACUUUCGCGUGUGUGAAUAGUGCAGGUGAAGGGAAAGAAGGGCUUUCUACUAUUGCGUUGAAGUUUAAGGAUGUUUCGAUUGUCGAGGAUUUUAAGGCAGCUGUGGUGCAGAAUAAAGGACAGGCUACUGUAGCUCUGAAAACUCCGGAAAAUUCUCCCAAGGCCGACGAUGAAGAAAAAUAAGCAUCUUAAUAACGGUAAAUUUGAGAAAACGAGCACCUUGAUUUUGGUGUUUUUUGAGAAAAUGGCGUACUUAAACGUGGUUUAUUUUGGGGAGUGGGAUAAUGUAUGGACCCUUGUUCGUGUAGUUUUUUUUUUUUUUUUUUUUUUUUUUUUUCUUUCUCGUUUUGUUGUUAAAAUGCCUUGUAGACCUUAAAUGAAUUCUCUCUCUACGCUGUUUUUCGGCUUAUGUAACCUGAGUUGUGCUAUUAUAUCUUAUGCUCCACAUACUCGAAAAUCAGUUCCAUAAAAAUUGCUGUUCGUGUAACGAUGUUUUUUUUUGGUAAAUUUA